GGCACUGAAUCAGCCUCUAGCCUUGAUAACGAAGCAUCUUCCAAUUUCUUUAUCACAAAACGAGACGAUGAAAAUCGACAUGACAUUGAUCAAUUUGCUAGGCGAAAUCUUCCAUCUAAUGGACAUAUUCCUACUUUAAUUUCUCAGCAGAACAACGAAAAUAUUGCUAACACCGAAUCCGCAAAUAAUAAUCAAUUCGGCCUUCAAUCCUCAAAGGGCACUGAAUCAACCUCCAGUCUUGAUAAUGAAGCUUCUUCCAACUUCCUUAUCGCAAAACGAGACAUGCAAAAUCCUCCACCCAAUGGACAUAUGCCGACUUUAUUUUCUCAGAACAACAACGAAAAUAUUGCUAACACUGAAUCCGCAAAUAAUAAUCAAUUCGGCCUUCAAUCCUCGAAGGGCACUGAAUCUGCCUCCAGUCUUGAUAACGAAGCUUCUUCCAACUUUCUUAUCGCAAAACGAGACAAGGAAAAUCAAUACGACAUUGAUCAUCUUGACAGACGAAAUCUUCCACCCAAUGAAUAUAGACGUACACUCUAUUUUCAGCAGGCUAACGAGAAUGUGGGCAGUACCGAGGCUGCCAACGUUAAUUCACUUAAUAUACAAUCCAAUAAUGCUGCUGAAUCUGCUAGUACAUUUGAAAAUGAAGGCGCCUCAACGUUUGUAAUGGGUUAA